ACCGGCCCAGGAGAUACCAGCAGCACUGCCGGAGACGCAGGAGCAGGUCUUGUAGCAGUGCCUCCUCGGUGAGUAGCAUCCACCACGAGCUCAGGGUUUAACUGUUCUUGCCUCCUUCCAGCCCCGAGCGCCCUGGGUGAGUACCUCGAACCCCAUUUCUGUGUCUGUUGGCAUCCCGUGGAGUGUAAAGUCCCGAACCUGUGUGGUGUCGAGCGGGGAGCGUUGGCGGUUGCAGGGUUUUACCGGGCCGGCCCCGGGAUACGUGAGGGAGCUAAGCCRUGUUCUUGGCGGCCAGGGAAGGGAUCAGGGAGAGCUUCCAGUGGCACUCACGUGGCAGCUGACGAGGGACAGCCUUGGCCGAGGGCCAGCCCUGCUGCCAGGGAUCCRGACGGCUCUGCUUUAUCCACGGCCGGGGAUUCGCUUCUGCCUGCGGCUGCUGCUGCUGCUGCUUCAGGGGGGAUUUGGUGCGCAGCAUUGCUCGGUUUGGCUUUGCCUGGAUCCCCUCCUGGCAGGAUCCAUCAGUCCGGGGCUCUGGAGAUGUUUUUGACCCGUUAGUUCUCAGAGRGGGCACACGUGUGUCCUCUUUCCCUGUUCCCACUUGGAUUUCAGCUUCUCUGCAAGCUUCACCCGGAGCGUAGUGUUCCUGCCAAGGAUUAGCCGGGAAUAUUUGGAGCUGGGUGGGGGGUUGGUGCCAGCAGUACCCUGGGAGUGGUGUGAGGUGUCAGCCCAAGCCCUUCAGCACUCUCCUGCUGUAAGGCACAACCCCCUCCCACCUGAAAUGUUGUCACAACCCAGUGACCGGCUCUGAUCCCGGCAGUUGGGUAAUCUCGGGCUGGGAACCCCCGGGCUCCUCCUUUUGAUGCCUUUCCAGUUUGCUUUGGGAUGUCAGUGUUGGAGGGAGCCAGGGCUGUGCUGGGAGCGCUGGUGGUGACGCUGUGUGGGUCUGGCCUGGGGACCUCAGUCCUCUGACACCUCACAGCCAUCCCAGCUCCCCUCUCCACCUUUCCUCUGUUUCAGCUGAUUUUUUGGGGAGUUUUGAUCUUAGCUUGUUAUUUCGGACCAGCUGGGGGGGCGAGGGGCACGGAAAAGAAGCCUGCUGGAAUCUCAGGCAUGGAAACAUGAAGGUUUCCAUGAAUUCCUUCGGCUGCAGGGACUGUAACUAUUUUUAAAGCUGACUAGAACAAGGUGAGGAAUUAGGGCAGCUCGCUUUGUGGACCGCGGGUCCUCGCAGGAACGUUGGGCUGGUUUUCCAGUAGAAGCUCUCCAGUAGCAGGGGGUGAACGUGACCUUGGACCUUGCCUGAAGCGUUCCCCGGGGAUUGAUUGACCUGUCCUGCUCCUAAAGCUCUCCCAGUUUUAAAAAGGCCCCCCAGGCCUGUGUGGCCCAGCAGGGCUACAGUGGAUUUAGGGUCAGUGUGGCUGGCAGCUGGCCCUGUCAGGACGGGCAGGACACGGAUUUGCCGAGGUASGCGGAGCAGGAUGGACAGAGGGAAAACUGCUACUGUGGCUUCUACUGGACAGCCUGUCCAAGCCGAGUGCUCGUCACGCUGGCCAGCCAGAGGGGCCACUCAUCCCGUGCCUCCUGUGGGGCACCGUGGUGCCAGGCCAGGCCAGGCCGCCUUCCCGCUGGAGCUCCCCGAGGCCGCGRCUCCCGAGCGAGCUCGUUUUCUUGCCGUACCUGUAGCUGUUGAUGACUUUUCUGUUUUGAAGUUAGUUUGUGUCUUGACGUGUCCCUUGCAAUAUCCCUAUCGUUAUAUAUGCUGUGUGCCUUAUGAAAUGCUGGGAUCUGGAAAAUCCACCCACCGGCGCCCCGUCGUCUCUCCACCUUUGAAUGACCGCACUCUUUGCCGUCCCGGGGGGCGGUGUGUGCAGAGAAGCCAACAGAGCAGUAAGCGCAGCAGGAGCGUGGAAGAUGACAAGGAAGGCCACCUGGUGUGCAGGAUCGGCGAUUGGCUUCAAGAGCGAUACGAAAUCGUCGGCAGCCUUGGCGAAGGCACUUUUGGGAAGGUGGUGGAGUGCGUGGACCAUGCCAGAGGCAACUCCCAGGUGGCACUGAAAAUCAUAAAGAAUGUGGGGAAAUACCGAGAGGCUGCCAGGCUGGAAAUCAACGUCCUGAAAAAAAUCAAAGAGAAGGACAAGGAGAACAAAUUCCUGUGUGUCCUCAUGUCGGACUGGUUCAACUUCCACGGCCACAUGUGCAUCGCCUUCGAGCUGCUGGGCAAGAACACCUUUGAGUUYCUGAAGGAGAACAACUUCCAGCCGUACCCUCUGCCGCAGAUCCGCCACAUGGCCUACCAGCUCUGCCAYGCCCUGAGAUUUCUACACGACAACCAGCUGACUCACACCGACCUCAAGCCAGAGAACAUCCUGUUUGUCAACUCGGAUUUUGACACGCUGUACAACGAGAAUAAGAGCUGCGAGGAGAAAUCCAUCCGCAACACGAGCAUCCGCGUGGCCGACUUCGGCAGCGCCACCUUCGACCACGAGCACCACACCACCAUCGUGGCCACCCGGCACUACCGUCCCCCAGAAGUGAUUCUGGAGCUGGGCUGGGCACAGCCAUGUGAUGUCUGGAGCACUGGCUGCAUUCUGUUCGAGUAUUACCGCGGCUUCACACUCUUCCAGACCCAUGAGAACCGUGAGCAUCUUGUCAUGAUGGAAAAAAUCCUGGGGCCACUUCCAUCCCACAUGGUCCACAAAACUCGGAAGCAAAAAUACUUCCACAAUGGCAAUCUGGUGUGGGAUGAGAACACGUCCGACGGCAGAUACGUCCAGGAGAACUGCAAGCCCCUGCGGACGUACAUGCUGCACGACUCGCUGGAGCACGCGCAGCUCUUUGACCUGAUGCGGAGGAUGCUGGAGUUCGACCCCUCGCAGCGGAUCACGUUCUCGGAAGCGCUCCUGCACCCCUUCUUCGCCGGGCUCUCGGCCGAGGAGCGGAUGCUGUGCGGGCGCGGCGCCAGCCGGGACCUGAGCAGAUGACGGACGGAUGGCCGGGAUCYGCCCUGGAUCCAGCGGAUGGAGGGCUCCGGCCUCUGCAGCCGGGCCCUGCUCCCUCCCCGAGUCCGCUGGGGCUGGGGCACUGCCACGAGGACCUUGGGGAAGGGAGGGGGAAGGAAAGCGCCAUUGGAAAGCACAGAUUUGUCUAUUUAUAUGUUGUAAAGUUAAAAUAAAGUGUUUCUUAUUGUUUGA